UGUUUGACUUUCUUUUCUACUGUUACCAAAUAGCAUUAUUUUAGUUUUACUGAGAUUCAAAGAUAGUCUGUUUUUGUCAAACCAUCUUUUUAAUUUGUUAAUUUCUUCUGUUAUUAUUUGUAUUAUCUUCUGUGUGUUCUCUCCUGAACAAAACGCUGUUGUAUCAUCCGCAAAUAAUACUAACUUUAAAUCUUUUGUAACUUUACAAAUGUCAUUUAUCUAGACAUUGAAUAAUUUAGGUCCUAUAUUGAUCCCUGAGGUACACCACAGGAUAUAUUUAGCGUUGUAGACGAAACCACCACAUUAAUAUUAAAGAUAUGGUUAACAUUCUUAGUGCUAAAGAUAUUCCCCUCUCCUUGUAUCCCUUCUCCCAGCUCCACCGUCUCGCCGAGUGCCAGCAAGAGUCAUGAGUACUUGUCAACUCGACUCCUCAACUGGAGAUAACUUUCUAGCACCUCACCAUGGGGAAGGAUGUAUUCAUAUGCCUUCACCAGCACAUGCAUUAAACAUGCAGAGAGUUACACAAGUUCUUACCACCUUGGGGCACCAUUCAGGGUGCCUUUUCAUCUGAUUAAAUUUAUAAUGAACAGGGACAUUGCGGUUGUCCCAAGUGGAUGGUAUGAUGAUAGGAUGGUUUUCUGGCCCAGCUAUAAAAACACAGACAGAAUUGAAAGGGCCGCUUUAAAUGAGGAGCAACAUGAGCCAAACUGGCCAAGAUUUGACGUUUCUGUUGUCCGAACUUGUGACAACUACAAAGACGCAUUAAAAAUAAUACAACAAUAUGGAAAGGGCUGCAACACCUCAGACCUGCAAUCUGAGGCAGAGAACGAGGAGCUGCCAGAAAAAAGGAACAGGAAGCCAGUCCAUCGUCUCGGGGACUCAGAUGAUAGCGAAGAAGACCCGGGAAAUAGUGACCUCACAUCUCUGGGGUUGGCAAGCCAAUUGCACAGGCAGACUCCACCGUCUCGCCGAGUGCCAGCAAGAGUCAUGAGUACUUGUCAACUCGACUCCUCAACUGGAGAUAACUUUCUAGCACCUCACCAUGGGGAAGGACGCAUUCAUAUGCCUUCACCAGCACCUGCAUUAAACAUGCAGAGAGUUACACAAGGAACGGCAGUCCCUCCUCGACUCCCUCCACCCCCCCUCACCAGCAGCCCUCAACAUGUGGCAGACAGAGGAGCCUGGAUCCAGCCUGGCCUACAGGCCAACAUGGCGAGGGGAAAGAAUGGCCGACAACAUUUCCUGCUCUGCGCCUGAGGUAAUCCACAUCCUUAGCCUGCUGGAAACUAUUAAGCACAACCAAGACCAGCUGAUUGCGAAGGUGCUGUGAGUAAAAAUGUGUUGACAAGGUCAGCCACGGACGCUGAGGUCACCAAACACGCCAUCAGGUGGUUCAACUUGGCGGGGGAUCGGGCAACAAGGAG